AUUUGACAUUGCUCCAGGAGCCAAGGGCGCUGUGUAGAGUUUUCGUAUAUGGGAUAUAGUUGACAUUUAAGUACCUUGUUGCAUGUUUAACUAUUUUUGUAAACUCCAAGUUCAUCUGUCUUCCUAACUUCUCAAUCGAGGGACCGAGUGGGUGUGUUGCAAUUUUCACAAGCUAUUUUCUUUCCAUAUCAAAGAACUCAAAUUAUUGGCAGCCCUUUAGAGUACGAAGAUGAAAGAACUACCAUCAGAGUCAGCGCCACAAGGCCAUUCAGAUAGUCAAGACGUCAAAGACCUCAACCCUAUCGUGCAGUCAACGACGAGGACAAGUCAAAAAACAUUACCGCCCCCCGAUGGGGGUACACGAGCUUGGCUUAUAUGUUUUGCCGCCCACAUUAUGACAGCAAACACAUGGGGGAUUAUAAAUUCUUUCGGCAUAUUCCAGGCAUACUAUGCCGACGGCCUAGGGCUUCCCCCGUCACAGAUAUCGUGGAUCGGGUCUAUGCAGUUCAUCCUCACUACGUUCUUGGGUGUUUUCUCGGGACGCCUGGCCGAUGCCGGCUAUUUCCGCUUGAUCCUCGCCAUUGGCACUUCGCUUGUCUUCUUGGGACUGUUGGGAACUUCAUUCGGCAGCGAGUACUGGCAUUUCAUGCUGUCUCAGGGGGUAAUCGUCGGCUUUGGGACAGGCUUAAUCGCUUGCCCCAUCAUGUCUGUAACGUCGACGUACUUUACAAGCCGCAAGGCCAUGGCGUUGGGUAUAAUGGGUCUCGGAAACGUCACCGGCGGGCUCGUGUACCCUGCAAUGGCUCGUCAGCUCAUACCAAGCAUCGGUUUCGCCUGGGCUCUGCGUACCAUGGCAUUUGUCCAGCUGGCGUCGUCCAUUCCCGUCAAUUUCAUCAUGCGGGCAAGGCUCAAGACUCGGAUCGAGGGGCCGUUCAUCGAUCUGUCGGCACUAAAAGAUGUUGACUUUACCCUCUAUGCCACUGGAAUGAUGUUGGCACAAGCUGGCAACUAUGUAGGCAUCUACUAUAUGGCGCAGUUUAGCCGCACGCAAAUCACUUCGCCGCUCUCGUACCCAGACUCGUUGAACCUGCUGCUCAUAUUCGCAGGGGUGUCAUUUGUUGGCCGCAUUCUGCCCGUCCUCUUGGGAGACCGCUUAGGCCCACUGAACCUGAUGAUCCCCAUGAUCUUCUGCACCGGCGUUGUGAUCAUUGGCUGGAUGGGGGUCACGACGUCGGCAGGCGUCUAUGGCUGGACGACAGUGUUCGGCGUGUGCAGUGGGGCGAUUCUCAGCCUCCACCCGCCGGCGACCCUGAGUCUAUCCCGGGAUCUCCGCAAGUCGGGUGCCCGCAUAGGUCUGACACUUACCAUAAACAGCGCAUCUAUCAUGGUCGGCCCUCCAGUCGCGGGCGCCAUCAUCGCCAGGAUGGGCGGAAGGUAUCAGGGGGCCCAAGGGUACGCUGGCUGUUUGCUGAUGAUGGGGUUUGCGUUGGUGUCAUGUGCCAAGCUUGCGAGAAAACGGAUAAAUGGGGAGAAGUGGUUGGACAAGGUCUAGUCUAGGCUGUAGAGUUGGGGUGCUGUGUCCCCCAAGCUACAUUAUGCAUAUAAAUGCGAAAGGGAUGCCUCCCGAGACUGCGAUUUUCGGGGACGCCGAAAGGAGGAACGAAACAAAAAUAAGAAGAAAACUCGGCGACAGGCAAAAGACGAUGAAAAUAAUACAGCAAAGAAACGAAUAAAUUUACUCUAAUGUACAUCGGUCCAAUUGAGCUGUUGGCGACGGCGUGAAAUGGAUUUAUCAGUAUCAGUAUCUGAUGAAGCAAAGCAAUUGAUGCG